CCGGGAAUUAACAUGGCCGACUGUGACAGCACAGAUAUCCAGGGCGAGAAAGGUAUAGAAGUAUAGAAGUAUUGAGUAUUUAUCUGUAUACUUGUUUUUUUUCUAUACCUUUUUCUUUAUUUCUAACCACUUAGGAGUGAAAUAAGGAAAGUUUAAAUUAGACGAUUAGCUUACAAUAUAAUUGCUAAAGAAGGAAUGAUAGUAUUCAGACACUGUUGUAAUGGAAUCAUGACAACCGAGAAAGCAGAACAUCACUUACAGACUGUUGAGUUUUGCAAUGGAAGAUUUUAUAUUUUAAUCACACCCCAAUAAUACUAUUGUUGAACUUGGGACACCUGUAGCUGAUAUUGAGUCAACCAUAGUCAUCUUGCAAUAAGUAGUACCAUGAGCUGGGGAGGGGGGAGGGGGGUACUCAACAAAAUUGUAUAGAGGUAGGUUCUGCCAGAGGUCCAACCCCUUACCUUUUAUGUACCAAACGGAACCUCUUUCACUUACUUAUUAAGACACUGCAUAUCUUUUUAAUAACUGCUGUUAACGCACCAUCUUUUAAACAUGAAUAAAUCACUAAACUAAAAUGUUCUUUUUUUCGUGUGCCAGUUAGCCCUUUUAGGUCCUUUCACAGACAGCAAUGACAGAUUUCCCCUCCUUUUCAUUUUCUCCAAAUAGUGAAACCCAAUACCCUUUCAUAUGCCUGAAGCCUGAAAAAGGUACCCCUUUCUGGCGGAGCCUCCCAGUAUAGGCCAUAAUGGGCAGUACCCUCUGGGGAUCAUGAGUGCCUAGGGAGUUAGCUGGGUGGGGAUUACGCUGUGAAUUAGUUGGGUGGGAGGUGCACGGGUGGGGCAUAAAACCUUCAGUGGCAGAUCCAGGGGAGGGGCACGGGGGCCCAUUUUUCUUGUGCUCAAUAUAAUGUGAUACUAAGUGAUUCAUGUGGUUUUGCAGCUCUUACAGAAAAGAAGACAAAGGCAUUGGUGUCACUAAGUGUGGGACUUAUUUUUAUCUUUAUUGGCCUUCCCUUAUGGUGGAAUACAACCAAAGUUUACAGGGCUCCCCUUCCUUAUGAUGAAAUAGAACAGUUAAACCAGUUUAAGGUAUGAUUACUUUUAAUGUUAAAUUAUUUAUAGCUUGACAUCAAUCAAUUUUACUACCAUCAAAUUGCUAUAAAAUUUAUUGCAUUUAACAAUUACUAAAAUUGGAUUUCUUUUAGGUUAAGUAUACAGUUAACCUUAAUGUAGUACUUCUUGGAUCUCAAGAUCCUUCUAUUUUGAAACAAGAGAUUGAGCUGGAGCUCAAAAAAGAAACUGGUAAGAUUGUCCAAGAUUUGGCGGGAUGUGUGGAAUAAUAAGGGUCAGUUUAGUUGGUCUUAUUGUACAGCUUGCUUGUGCUCUUUCCUUUCUGAUUUAAACGAUGGAAAUAUUAUUCAGUUUGAUUAGUUCUCAGUAUUCUUUGGCACCCCUUGUGGGAUAGUGUGGGGGGCUCAUGAUUUAGUUCCAUGGUAUGGGUGAGAGGAGUGUUCCAGAUAAGAGAUGGGUCUUGGGUCAAUGACCUGACAAAGAUGGCUUCCUGACCCGACAGAUGACAUAUAAGUGUUAAGUUAAAUAUAGCCAAAAAAAUUAGCACAUGGUCUUGGUGACCCCUCAGAUGGUCUACAUCACCCCCUGCUCAAAAGAAUUAACUGGAACGCUGUGAGAGACAGAAAAAGAGGUAAAUUUAAAUCAAAGAAUGUCCCCCACUUUUUUGAGCAAAAUUUCUUUUUAAAGGGUACAGUGCAAUAGAAUAGCAAUGUUUGACCCCAGAGCCUCAGCUGUAUGGGUACCACCUGUGGACCCCUGUGGACAUCAAUUCAUUACACAUUUUUCAUAGCUAUACAGAGGCUCACCCCACCUUCCAGGCCAACAGUCACAAGAUUUCCAUGGCUCCACAUCAUUGUGUUUAUUAUUCAAAAACAGUAUUUUUUUUUGGUUGUUGUUACGUGUCCAAUUUCUUUUCUUUUUUACAAUAUUAUUGGUCAGAUAUAUCUGCCAUAACACCAGACUACAGACUAACAGUAGAAGUGAAGAACAUAAAGGACGCUGCUGUGAUUACAAAACUGACAUCCAGCCCUUUGGAAGGUAAACCUGUAAAAAAACCUGUCCUAAUUGCAAUAUCUUUCCUCAUUAUGGACGAGUGAACAACUUAAUUGAAACUAAAACUAAUUUUUAAUCAACAGAUCUGGAUGAUUAUUUUCAAAUCAGCUUUGUAAACAAGGAAAGUAAAAAUUACUCUUUCUUUGUGCUUCCCCAUGGAACUCCUGAGCCAGAUGGCAUUGAUGCAUAUGUUGGAAAAUAUCUCCACUGUAUCUUGUACAACAACAAAGGUAGGAAUAAUCUGAGCUUGGGUUUUAUGCCAGAUUUCAUGCACUUGCACGCCUUUCUCUUGCAAACAAGAUAGCCUGCUUGCAAGUUAAAAGUUAAGCUGCAGUGGUGUUCAAGUGUUUUUUGUUGAUGUUCCCUAGAUUCCAAGAAGCUUGCUGCAGUGAUUGCAAACAUUAUCAAGAAUGUUUUUGUUAAUGAAGAAGAAGUCAAUGGGGCAUUUAGUUUAGUUUCAAAAAGGGAAUACACCAAGGUGAACAGUGAGAAACACUAAACACUAAGUUAUAAUUUAGUAUUAAAAAUGAUUGGAUUAAGUACAUGGUCUAAGCUACUGACACUUUUUUUUCUCCCUAGGACACUGUGGAAAGUAUGAGAGCUCAGAAGUCAACAACUGGUUAGUUUGUUACCCCAGCAAUUCCUUGUGUAUAGCAUAGUUUAACACAUGUAUAGACUUGAGUCUCAUUCAAAAAACAAGUUGGGGGAAUUUUUACUAACAAAUUACACAUGUUUGCAUUUUCACUUAAUCUCACUGGCAAAAUUUAAUCUAGUAAACAUAUUAAGUAAUUAAUUAGGAAUUACUAUUUUUUCAAGGUUUUCAGGUUUCUUUUACACUGUUGAAUUCUGAUCCAGAUUUAGUUCUGGCAGAGUGGGAUAUAGAGACUGCUGUUCAAAGUAAGUGACUGUCAGUUUAAGUUAGUGCAAAACAAUGUGAGUUUAUAAGAGUUGUGUCAAGGUAGCCAAAGUUUUUGGUGUGGCAAAGUGAGGUCAGCUGGUAGGAAUUUUUGGGUGAGGAUGUGCCGCUGGGACCCCUAAACCCUUAGCCUACACAUAACCUAACUUAGUUCAGCUGAAUUUUGCCACCCUGUUAAAUUCCCUGCCUACUUCUUGUAUUUAGCUGGUUCCUUGAAAUCUUAGUUACAGCCCUGAUUAAACCAAAGAUAAAUAUAUUUGAACCACAACAGCUAUACCAGUUUUUCCUAGUCUAGACUAAUACCUUCAACCAAUCAAUCAGUUUCCUGGAAAAUGAUACCCUAUUCUAAACCCAAACUCUCUGAUUUCCCCCACCACCUGAAUGAGUCCCAUUCUCUGAAUAACCAAUUUUCCCUGAAUGAAUUGCUCAAUGCAUGUACAUUCAAAAUGUCAGUAAGCAUUUUAAGGCAAAGUUUGUUUUAGGGUGGUUAGAUACUCCCAUCUUUCAAGUUGCUGAUGACCUACUGUAAAUGAUCGAUUAAGUGUUGCUACUGGAAUAAGCGCCCCACCUUCACCAAAAUAAUGUAAUAAGGGCCGCUCUCGAAUAAGCCCAGUGGCACUGACUUGGAUGUUUAUGAUACAGAUCAAAUUUGAUUUCAGGCUAAAAUUUUUCAACCUUGGUUGACUCUCAAUUUCCUUUGUCUGCAAGGGCUAGGAGACAAAGGAAAUUGAGAAUCAACCUAGGUUAAAUCAAAAUUAACCUGAAAUGAAAUUUGAUUUGUAACAUUUACAAAUAAAUGCCACACCUUUGUUACAGCACUUGAUAUAAAGAGAUAUCAAAACUAUAUUGCUUGACAAAUAAGACCAUGCCCAACUCGUUAGUUCUAAGGUUUUAGUGCAGGGAAACUCUUGAAAUGGGGUUCACAUAACGGUUGAAGGUGUAGAUAUUUGUCCUUUUUUCGUGCACAACUCUGAGUUCUCUCUAUAUUCCCCUCAGUGUUUUACCCCUAGUUGAAAUAAGCACUUGCUUUCGAUUAUGAGUGUCACUCCCUUAAUAGGGAAAAUGAAAUAAGCACUGCGGUGCUCAAUUGAUCAUUUAUGGUUUUUGCUUCUUUUGUAGAGUAUUUAGAUCCCUUCUUGCUGAAGUUUCCUCACUUGGAUAUCAGUGUUGAUUCCCAGGUAAGGUGGCCUAAAUGUUUGUAUUGUAAUACGAUAUCUUUGUAGGGAAUUUAAUUUAUUCUAGAAAGGAUGCCCUAUAGAAAAAAGUUUAUCAUGCAUCAAAUGCAAAUAGGGACUGGUGUGGGCCUUCAGUUCACUUAAAUUUACAAUCUUGUAUUUAAGUUUCAGAACUGCUUAGAAUUUGAUAAUGAUCUUGCUCAUUGCACUGAUUGAGUUAACAAUACUUUGAUCUUACAACAGGUUCUUCAUUAUAGUAGCAUUCAAAUCAAUCCAAGAAAAGAUGGAGAAUCUUUUUAUCUUCCCUAUGAUGACUUACCUCACAUGAUAAAUCCAAUUGAGGCAAAGCUAGGUAAACUUUACGUCUUGAAUAUUAGUUAUAGUUGAAGCGCUGAAACAAGAAUUCACACUCUAUCAUCAUAGUUUUUGAGGAAAUAUGAAAGAAUAUUAACAUAGUAUCUCUUAUACACAUAAAGAGCAAAAUUUGACCUUUUUGGAUCUGUUAAUGGUUUGACUGAAGAGUUUAUAAUAGUCAACAUAACCAUUCUGAUGAAUCAAGGUGAUUCAACAAUUAUUUGAUCAAUAAUUUAAUCAACCAAUAUUUAUUGAUCAAUCAGUCUAUCAAUCAGGCUAUCAAUCAUUCAAUCAGUCAACCAAUCAUCAGCAAUAAUUAAUGAUAUUUAAAUACAAUGUUAAUCAAUCAGUCAGUCAAUCAGUCAAUCAACCAAUCCUCAAUUAUUAACCAGGUAACCAACUGUCCAUUAUAAUAUGCAUAUGCUAGUUAACGCAUUUGAAUGGUGAAAAAAAAGAAGAGUCUUCUUGCAGCCUAUGGAAUGGUCCCUCUACACAAGGAACAUGAAAUAGGAGAGACUGUAGUCAAUUUACCAGGAGUUUUCAUUGAAAAUAUUAUUUUGUUCAUUUACAGGCUCACAUAUUUCAUUGUAUCCAAGCUUGAAUUUUGUUGUUUACGUGCCUUCUCAGAGACAUACACCUCUUUAUAUGAGAACCAAGGAUGGUGAGAGAUUAAUAUCACAGUGGAUAGAGGUUGAUAUGAAACCCGUUAUGAACACAUUCCUGGCUCAACUGAAGCUGUUACUGGGAGUUAAGCCUGUGGUGAGGAUUCAACUUUUUCCAUUCUCACAGACUUUUAUGCUUUUUUACAGCUUACACCCCAAAAACUAGUCUCCCACAUGGCCAUUUCUGUCUGCUCAUGCAUUGUCCUCCAUGAUGAUUGUCUUGUCUUGUUCCUUUGUUCCCUAAACCUUAAUUCCCUUGUUCCUUAUUCCUCUGUUAUCUUAUUCCUUUGUUUGAUGAGGAAAAUCACCUACAAGAGGAGGCUUCUUAAAAAGCAAUAAGUUUGAUUAUAGUCUUUUUAUAUUAGAGUUUUAGGUCUCCUAUCAGUCUAAAUAGACGGGUCUUUGAAACAGAUUAAAAAUGCGACUGAAUGUUCUCUUCUGUUUUCUAGCUUAAGAUAAUCCAACCUAUGUCAUUUUGAUUCAUUCCCGUAAUAGGUUAUUCAUUUCCAAAAACGAUUUAUGUUGUCUCUUUUUCCAAUUUUUUUAUUUCGUUUUGCUCUAAAUCAAUACAAUAAAUUUUAUUGUAAUCAUUAUUUCCUUUUUUAAAGAAACUUGUAGAUGGCGUUGAAGCAAGAUUCCCAAAAGAUGUUGGAAUAACACAGUGGGUAAUGACCAUAAAUGUAGUUGUUUCUUUGUUAACCCUUCAAGUCCCAAGAGUGACCACCAUAAAUUUUCUCCUAACAAUCUCCAUUCUUUGUCAAAAAAUAAGGUUAUGAGAAUUAAUAAAAUGAUCAGCAAAGGGAAAAUUCUUUGAUCUUUUGUUAAAUUCUCUCAGUUAAUUUUGUAAGGAAAUGUAUGGAUAUCAGUUUGGAGAAUUUGUAUGUGGACAAUUAAGCGUAGACUGUAAGCAGUCUCUUCUUUGUCGGAUUUAGCAAGGGAAUUGCUCGCGCGCGCCAGUGUCGAAGCCACGAGACCGGGGAAACGAGGGUCGCAGCUUCUCCUGUCUUGCGCCUUCCGUCUCGCGCAUGGUCAUUUUUGUGUCUCACGCAGAUGGACUGAGAAAAAAAUUACUUCUCUUAGUCUAAACUUAGCCUCUAGUUAUGGUUAAGGCUUUACUGUACUCACAGGAACAGGAGUCGGUGAUGAGACAGAAAACAAUGGAAUAUCUUGCCACCUCCACCAUCACGCUAACAUCCCUCGCCCAGCUGUUGGGAAAAAUCAGUAACAUGGUGAUUAAUGAUCACAUUCAACAGCAAGUUCAACAGGCGCUUCAUGCAGUCCAUCAGGUGUGACUUAUAUCCUAUCAUAUUCACCUGAAUGUUUUGGAUCAUUAUACGUUUCUGGGAAUUUGCCCACCUACCCCUCCCCUGAGUCAACAUUUUGCCCUAAGCGAGAAGUAAGUGUUAAUGUUGGCUUCCAGGUAAGUUGGCAAUUUCCCAGAAACGUAUAAUGAUUUUACUGUAGAAUUUUAUAACGCAAAGGUUUUAUGUACCCUCGUAUCGGAAAAUUUGGUGAAACUUCUCCUUUGGGAUACCCCUAUUCAGGGGACACUUUAAUUGAAGGGACCAAAAUUUUGUUCACGAAUAAAGGGAAAUUAAUUCUAUUUGUAUUAGUGAGUACUGUUGAAGGGAUUCCUCGAUUUAGGGGAGACAUGUGCUGAUCCUGAGUUAGUCCCCUGAACGAAGGCUCGUCUGUGUAAUCUUUGUAUCAGCCACCUCUAUUGAAUGGACACCCCUAUGAGGGGAACACUUUUUCUGGUCUUUAGUAUAUCCCCUAAAUAGAGGCUCCUCUCAUGGGGAAAAUCCAAGCGCGCAAGUCAAAUUUUUCAAAACUCUUUGCAAAAGGUUUUCUUUAACUGGCUACGAAAAUGUAACUUUGUGGUCUUCUUUUUUGUUCUUAUUUACUUUUUCCGCCACUUGAUUCAUUGCAUCCUCCAAAUCUCUUGCUCCCUGCCAAGAAAAGAAACCCUCGCCUGCUUGCGAGGGAGAUUGGGGUUUUAUACUCAGUCCUAAUGAGUGUGAACAUUUAUCUUCACCUUUUGUGGUAGGUUUUUGGUUGUUGAGGACGGAUGCAAUCAGCAAAUGACUGAAAAGACAUUGAACAAUACCCACAUCACACCAUGCACAGCAGCUAAAGAAGAUCUUACACCGGACGAUUCGACGGAACGAUUUUUAGCGCAACACAUCGUUGCAAUGUUGGAACAAUGUUGUAAGCAUUCGAAACAAUGUCGCAACAAUAUUGCAACGCUGUGUUGCGCUAAAAAUGGUCGUUGCGAAUCGUCUAGUGUAACAUCACCUUAACUUUCAACAGUUUCCGCUACACCAAGAAACACCCGGGGAGACACCCCCACAUCGUAAAAUCCCUUGUUAAGCCCUGGGCUUAUAUAACUUCAUAAGGGGUUUUGGGUGGGCUUAUAUACAGGGAGCGUAUAUCCGGCGGGGGGGUUGGGGGGGGGGGGCUUUAACCUCUUUUAUCUUUAUCUUCAUUUUUCUAAAUUCAAAUAUAACUGAACGUUUUCUUUACAAACGCUUUUUUUUGUAGUCUGUAACAGCCCUUGAGCAUGGAAAUCUGACCGUAGCCGUUCUAACUGCCAAGACAGCCAUCAAAUCUUCGGGUCAGUAGAAAUCUUUUUUUUCCUUUUUUUUGUACGAAGUAGCGCCGAACGCCCAAACUUCUGCCCUCGCUCCAUUUAUGUGUGUUCUUUUACAAACUACCAGAAGUAGAUAUUACUGGUUACAGGAAUGCCAUCUCGGGUGUUAUCCAUAUAUAAUCUGUUAGUGACAACGUUGUUCUUCACUUUCUUUUAAGAUAUGGUAAGUUCCAUCCAUUCUAGCUUGCGUAGCAAGCUCUUCCUUUUGGUUUCGGAUCAAAGAAAGACCGAGGAACGGGAUUUUCGGUUUUGGCCGCGCGAUAAAUGAACCGAGAGCCAUUUUUCGCGCGGUUUUUGGCUCUCGUUCGUCGUUCUUUGCUCCUAAACCGCACGGAAACGCUUGCUACGCAGGCUACAUCCAUUCCCAUAUGAUAAGAUUCUAGUUAAAUGAUAAGCGAUACAAUGACGUUACAUUCUCACUUGUAAUCAACUCAGUGUCCUUCUUUCUUUCAGAGGAAGCAUUUUUUGACCCAUCAAUACUUGAGCUUUUGUAUUUCCCUGACGAUCAAAAGUAAGCAGUUCUAUUUUUAAGUCUUGUUUUAUUAUUGUUACCAAUGAUUAGAGUGAUUUUACUUGACCCAUGAAGCAGGUACUAACAACUAGAGCAAAGCUCCAAGUAAACAAAAGUAGACUGUGGAAUUAGUGUAUAACAGUGCGUAACUACCACCUAUUUCACGGGUUAAGUACAAUCCCUGACUCUAACGGUAAUAUGGUUUAUUUCUUUUUCCUCGCAGGUACGCCAUCUACAUUCCUCUCUUUCUCCCCAUCAGCCUUCCAGUUUUGUUGUCUCUUAGACAAGCAAUAAUUUGGUACAGAGGAAAAGACGAUGAAGACAGAAAAGACGAGAAAAAAGACAAGCAAGAAUAACUUAUUGAAGAUGUCAUGGUCGUCUCCGGAUAAAACAAGAUGAAUUUGAUAUCUGAAAGCCGCUUGUUUUUGCCCAUAUCGUGUGACCAUUUUGUUUUCUCGAUCAAGAAACUUUGCUUCGCAUUGUCCCUGACGGAUAGUAAAGAACCCUUUGGACGAGCUUGCACGGGUACUUGCGACAAACUGCUAGGAUAACCGUGAGAUGGACUAUUUUCCCACCUACAAGGGGUAGCAAUUCUCGUAAUAAGUCCCGUUAGUUUUGGGAUCGUUUGUGCGUUUUAUGGUGACCAUGCAAUUUCCGUACGCGAUGCGUUGGACAGGAUGAGUCGUGAAAACCAGAUAAACCAGUCAUGUAAGGCUACGUUGACACUGUGCGGGAUAGCUUUUGCACCAGAACGAAAAUUAUACCGGAUAGGGCUUCUGUUCACACACGAGAACGGUAAUUUCGGCGCGAUUUCUGUAACGGAGCGAAGCUGCACCGCGUCGAUCUUGAGAGUGAAGGAUCGCCUUUCGGAUAAGUGGUGUUCAUACUUUACCGGAUAGAUUUCUUGUCGGCAUAAAAGGCUAUCCGGUUUUGAGUGAACGUAGUCUAAAUCUCUGUUGAUGAGACACUCGAUUUGAGCCACUAAUCCAUCACGUCAUGGUGUCCUUACUGCAACCAAAGAAGGGAGAACAAUGAGGUAUUAAGCUGAUACGAUUCCAUUCUAUUACAGUUUAAGUGUCGGCCUGUUCGCGAAUAGACCUACAGUUCAAGCUUGGUCAAUGGCGCAUAUUCAUAUUAUAUGCCAUUUCCGAGCUGCCGCAAGCCUCUGUUUCAAAGUGAGGCUAAGUGCGACGCUGUUGAUAUGAAAAAUGAUUUUUUUUAUUCUCAUGCAACUUAAACAAAACUCAUUUUCACAAGAAAGUUGUUGUACUUAGCCUCGUUUUGCAGAAUGAUAGUUUUUGGAACUCGGAAAUGGACAAUAAACUUUUUUACGAGAAUAUUGAUGCAGAGAAUGGGAAAAACUAAAGAACAUUCUAAGAUGAAGGAGAUAGCUCAGGGUGAAGUUUAGUUGAAAACAGUGUAUUCUAGCCGUUUAAACAUGAGCAAUAUAGAGAAAUUGUCACAACCAGUGCAUUAAAUGUUUCCUGAACAUU